UUCAGGAUGCCUUGGCUCCAUCUGUGUGACAUGUGCAUUUCAUCAGCUCUCACCCUGGAGGAACAAAUCCAUUUACUCAUCUGCUGUCUCUUCAGGGCUCUGCAGAGCUGGCUGCAGAUGCUAGUGGAAAGUAACAACCUUUCAGACAACAUCAUUGUUUUGCCAGGGAAAAUUGAAGAAAUCUCACUUCCUGAGGCUGUAGAUGUGAUCAUUUCAGAACUAAUGGGAUGCGUGCUGUUCAAUGAAAGGAUGCUGGAAAGUUACCUUCAUUCCAAAAAAGUGGCUGAAAACAACUGGUACCAGCGAUGCUGCUUCGGGGUCAGCCUGUCCAGUCUCCAGGGUGCCGCGGUGGAGGAAUACUUCAGCCAGCCAGUAGUGACAGCGCUGUGACAUUCAGAUCAUGGUGCUGGUACACCAGACGGGCUUCAGGUCUGGGAACACCCUCAGUUUGAAGAAUCCUUUCUUUAGCCCAUUUCUGCAGCUGAAUCAUUGACUGAGGCAUCGGCAUGAAGAAAUUAAAUUUCUGUCUGCCCAAGAGUCCUACACCAGCCGACCUGUUACAGGUCACCACAGAGCAUUGAGUGGAGUUUCCUGUGCCCUACAGCAGGUUCUCACUAGUGAUUGGUUUUACGCACAGCCGUGUAGAUCUGUCAAUCCCAAUCUCCCAAUUCAUCCCACCCCUCCUUUACCC